CUUAAGGUUUUCAUGGCAAGUUAUAUAAAAUUCACUCCUCUUUCUGGUGCCAAAAACGAAGACGCUCUUUGCUACUUGUUAGAAAUAGAUGAAGUCAAGAUCCUUCUCGAUUGUGGUUGGUCUGAUCACUUUAAUACCCAAGACUUAUCUCCUUUGAAAAAAAUUGCCAAACAAAUAGAUAUUGUCUUAUUAUCACACUCUGAUCUUCCUCAUCUUGGUGGUUAUACAUACGCGAAACGACACUUGGGAUUACAAUGUCCUGUCUAUUCCACAAUGCCAGUAGUCAAUAUGGGUAAAAUGUGUAUGUACGACAUUUAUCAAAGUAAAACGAACGAAAUGGAUUUUACGACUUUUAGUCUUGAAGACGUGGAUAAUGCUUUUGAUAAUAUUAACUCUCUUCGAUACUCUCAACCUUGUGCUUUACCUGGUAAAUGUCAAGGUAUCACUAUCACUGCUUAUGCUGCUGCUCAUACUGUUGGUGGAACUAUAUGGAAGAUCAAGCAAGAUACCAACGAUAUUGUAUAUGCUGUUGAUUUUAAUCAUAGAAAAGAACGUCAUCUGGAUGGUACUGUUCUUUUGACAGACGGUGUUGUCUUGAAUUCCUUGGCUCGACCCUCUUUAUUGAUUACUGAUGCUUUAAAUGCAGAAAUACUUAGUCCUCCAAGAAGAGAUCGUUAUACUGCAAUGUUUGAUACGAUGAAUACAACUUUAUCGAAUGGAGGAUCCGUAUUACUUCCAUCUGAUUCAGCUGCACGUGUACUUGAACUUGCCUAUCUUUUGGAUCAACAAUGGACAAAGCAACAACUCAACAAUUAUCCUUUGAUCAUGCUUAGCAAUACCAGUUACCACACGAUUCACUUUGCUAAGAUUAUGUUGGAAUGGAUGGGAAAUGACUUGACCAAACAUUUUUCUCAGACGCGUGAAAAUCCCUUUGAAUUCAAAUAUGUACGGUUAUGUCACAAAUUAGAAGAUUUGGAAAAUUACCCUGGUCCCAAAGUGGUUAUUGCAAGUAAUUAUAGCUUGGAAACUGGAUUCGCACGGGAUUUGUUUGCACGAUGGAUGACACUGGAUACAUCAACACAACAACAACCACACCAUAUCAAGAAUACGUUAUUAUUGACUGAACGAGCACCUCCUGGAUCACUGGGGAGACAAAUUUAUGAUGAAUGGGAAACCCAAACAAAAGGUGAUCAACAAUCAAUCAACAAAGCAAUCAUACAACCAACCUUAGAUUAUAAAACAGAAAUGGAUUUGACUUUAUUCAAACGGGUACCUUUGGAAGGUAUGGAAUUACAAGAAUAUGAAGCAACUCAACGGGCAAAACAAGAACGAGAAGCAGCUCAGGCAGCUAUGAUUGCAAGAAGCAAGACUAUUAUGGAAGAAGAUGAAUCGGAUAGUUCUGAUUUGGAUGAAGCAGAUGAUCCCAUGGAUGAACUCUUAGUGAAACAGCAUGAUUUAUAUGUACGUGAUAGCGGUAGAUCUGGUGGAUUCUUCAAACAAGCUCAAAGUUAUCAUAUGUUUCCAUAUCAUGAAAGACGCAAGAAGAUGGAUGAUUAUGGUGAAGCUAUCCAACCAGAUCAAUAUAUUCCACCAACAGACAUGACAAGAAUUGCUUUGGAAAAUAGACUUGAUACUGGUGGUAGUGGUGCAAAUUUUGGUGGAUCAUCGGAUACAAAAGACGCUAUGGAUAUUAUCAAUGGACCAGUAUUACCGGCUCGAAAUACUUUACCAACCAAAUAUAUCUCCAGUGUACAGCAUGUUCAAGUUCAAUGUCAUUUACAGUAUAUUGAUUUGGAAGGAUUAUCAGAUGGUAGAUCUAUCAAAACUAUUCUACCUCAAAUUGCACCAAGGAAGAUGAUCAUUAUUCAUGGUCAAGAAGAAGCAACAAAAGAUUUGGAACAAGCAUGUUUAUCGAUGAAUCAAUUCACCAAGGAAAUCUUUACGCCCAAUAUCGGAGAAGUACUAAAUGUAUCAGCAGCAACAAAUGUUUAUCGUGUACGACUAACAGAUGGAUUGGUGAACUCGCUUUUCUUUUCCAAACUGGACGACUAUGAAUUAGCACGGGUAUCUGGACGUAUACAUUUUAAGGAAGAUUCUACCACUCCAUCUUUAGAUAUGGCUGAUGAUGAGCUUAUAAUGACCACCACGGAUAUACAAUCACUCCAGAAGAAGAAAACAGAACCAACAAUUUUUGUAGGUGAUAUACGUUUGACAGAAUUCAAACGGGUACUACAAAAUGAAGGGAUAUCAGCGGAAUUUAAGGAUGAAGGGAUGCUUGUUUGUAAUGACCAUGUGGUUGUACGAAAGACUGGAACUGGACAAUUAUUAGUAGAAGGGAUACUUUCUAUGGAUUAUUAUAGAAUUAGAUCUCUAUUAUAUUCUCAACAUGCUAUUCUGUGAUCAUCAUUUUUAGCCAUAUUUAUAUCUUUUUUUUUUUCAAAAUUUUGUGUAUAUAUUGAUCUUUUUUUUUUAUAUAUAUAAUCAUGGAUAAUAAAAAACAUUGUUUAAAAC